CUGAUGACACAGCCGACUUUCAACCCAGAUUUAGCCGGGUCUCCGCUACACCACGACGUCGUUUUGCUGGAACGAUGGAGCGUGGCUUUGAACAGAUUCAAGCGCGGCGACGUGGUCACGUUAUGGUCCCCUCAGAACCCAGAUCUACUCACUACUAAACGAAUAAUAGCCUUGGAAGGGGACCUAGUAUAUCCAUUACCACCCUCACCUACCACACCCAUAAGGAUACCAGCAGGUCAUUGCUGGGUUGAGGGUGACUCCGCAUAUCAGACCCGGGACUCAAAUACGUAUGGACCGGUACCGCUCGCUCUUAUCACGUCCAAGGUGGCGUAUAUAGCCUGGCCAUGGGGCCGGCGCGGACUAGUCGCGAAUGGACUUGCCAAGGCGAAAGGAAGGGUCAGGCGUUUGGGUGGAUCCGUCCCUUGA